GAAGAAGAGGAACACAGGAAGUUCAUGGGGAGAUUUGUAGAAGCUUUAGAGCUGUUAUGAUGAGUUCAGCAGGAGACAGACAGCUCUCCUCCAGGACGUCUCAGGCUCCUGAUCCUGAUCCAUUACAGCUGUGUGAGGACGUGAAAACGGAGUCUUCUGAUGGAGGGACAUCUGAAGUGUCAGAAGUCUCUGUGAAGAAAGAAGAGACACUGGAGCUGAACAUCUACAACCAUGGAGACGACCUCAACAUCUCACCUGAAGGUCUUGCCGUUAAAGAGGAAGAUCCUGACAAUAAAGACUAUCUCUACUGUGAAGUUUGCAAAUCCUUCGUAUUCAACAAGUGUGAGCUUCAUGGGCCACCUCUCUUCAUCUCUGAUACUCCUGUUCCUAUGGGAGUCCCUGAUAGAGCCAGACAAACUCUUCCUCUUGGACUAGAGAUUCAGAAGUCUGGUAUUCCUGAUGCAGGCCUGGGAGUGUUUAAUAAGGGUCCCUGUACACUUCCAGUCGGUGCACACUUCGGACCCUACCAGGGAGAGCUGGUAGGCCGAGAGGAAGCCAUGAGCAGUGGAUACUCCUGGGUGAUAUGCAGGAGCAGGCAGUGUGAAGAAUACAUAGAUGGCAAACGAGAAAUUCAUGCUAAUUGGAUGAGGUAUGUGAAUUGUGCCCGUGAUGAUGAAGAACAGAAUCUUGUGGCAUUUCAGUAUCGAGGGGAAAUUCUGUACCGUUGCUGUCAACCCAUUACCCCUGGACAGGAGCUUUUGGUGUGGUAUGAAGAGGAUUAUGCCAAAGAACUCAGUUCUGCAUUUGACUACCUCUGGAACAAAAAGUGCUCUAUGAAUGUAAACAACGCUCUGCUGCAAGUCUUUUCCUGCUCCAUAUGUCCUCUUUCCUAUGCAUCUCAAAUUUACCUCCACAAACACAUCCAGAGAUGCCACUAUGAAGAGUUUGUGAGACUGCAAAAAUCAGGAGAGGUCAAAUAUGAGCUUCAGAUCCCCUCCAAAGGCUCCAGUAAUCAGACAAAAUCGUAUAAUACUCUCAGUUCUGACACUUCUCACAGUGAUGUACAGAAGGAAAUUCACCACUGUUCAGACUGUGGAAAGAGUUUUGGUCAUCAGAAUGCCCGGAAAACACACCAGUGCUGUCAUGCAGGAGAAAAGCCACAUCACUGCUCACAGUGUGGAAAGAGUUUUGCUCAAAAGAGUCAUCUCCAACGACACCAGAGCAUUCACACAGGAGAGAAGCCAUAUCACUGUUCUCUGUGUGGAAAGAGUUUUACUCGACAGAGUAAUCUCCAAGAACACCAGCGUAUUCACACAGCAGAGAAGCCGUUUCACUGCUCACAGUGUGGAGAGAGUUUUAGUCAACAGAGUAAUCUCCAAGAACACCAGCUCGAUCACACAGGAGAGAAGCCGUAUCACUGUUCCCAGUGUUGGAAGAGUUUUACUCAUCAUAGUGCUCUCCAACGACACCAGCGUGUUCAUACAGGAGAGAAGCCGUAUCGCUGCUUACAGUGUGGAAAAAGUUUUAGUCAACAGAGUAAUCUUCAAGAACACCAGCGCAUUCACACAGGAGAGAAGCCGUAUCACUGCUCACAGUGUGGGAAGAAUUUUACUCAUCAUAGUGCUCUCCAGCGACACCAGCGCGUUCACACAGGGAAAAAACCGUAUCGCUGCUUACAGUGUGAGAAGAGUUUUACUGACCAAAGGAAUCUCCAACGACACCAGCGAGUUCAUAUGGAAGAGAAACUGUAUCAUUGUUCACAUUGUGGAAAGAGUUUUACUCAGCAGACUGAUCUCCAACGACACCAGCGCAUUCACACAGGAAAGAAGCUGUAUCAUUGUUCACAGUGUGGAAAAAGUUUUCCUCGACAGCGUCAUCUCCAAAUACACCAGCGUAUUCACACAGGAGAGAAGCCAUAUCACUGCUCACAGUGUGGAAAGAGUUUUACUCAAAAGGGUCAUCUCCAACGACACCAGCGCAUUCACACAGGAGAGAAGCCAUAUCACUGCUCACAGUGUGGAAAGAGAUUUACUCGACGGCGUCAUCUCCAGAUACACCAGCGUAUUCACACAGGAGAGAAGCCAUAUCACUGCUCACAGUGUGGAAAGAGUUUUACUCGACAGCGUCAUCUCCAAAUACACCAGCGUAUUCACACAGGAGAGAAGCCAUAUCACUGCUCACAGUGUGGAAAGAGUUUUACUCAAAAGGGUCAUCUCCAACGACACCAGCGCAUUCACACAGGAGAGAAGCCGUAUCACUGCUCACAGUGUGGAAAGAGUUUUACUUAUUCAGUUACAUUUAAGACCCACAAGUGCAGUAACUCAGAGACAUUGCAUUAAGUAUGUUUAUUAUUACAGUUUUGGCUGAAAAUGGUCUGUAUUUUUCAUUUUAUUUUUGUUGAUUUUCUUUCUAGAGUGGAAACAGAGCUCUAGAGCAGGCAUCUAGAGCUGAUUUAGGCACAAUUCAACAUUAUUAAAUUUGCUGUUUUUUAACUUGUCAAAUGUGCAAGGUCACAUUUAAAAAAAAAUUAAGAGGCAAAAUUACAUUUGAAAUAAAAACACUGCAAACAGUCAAUUCAGGGAAAAACUGUAUUUCAUCUUAUUGCACAACAAAAAAUGCAUAAUAUUGAACAAUAUAGCACGCCUCUUCAUUUUCCAAUUCCAGGAUGCCAAGAACAGAACUGAGGUCAAAUCAUGCAACAGCGCCAUCUAGUGAUCAGCACCUAGAACUUGGUUUUAUGUAUGGCUGCGAAUGGCAGUCAGUGCACCCAGUGAAACCCUUUUUCACUUCUGGGUUGAGUACCAGGAUAGUCUAGACCAGUGGUUCUCAACCGGGGGGGCGCGGAGGUACUCCAGGGGGGUCGCGAGUAGGCUUCAUGUAUGGAGGAAAAAAAAAUCUGGGGCUAACAGGCUAUAGUAGCUAAGCAGAUGCAACACAUUUACCCAUGUCAAAAUGCAGGACAUUGGACUAUUACAUACAAAUCAAUACUAUUAUAAAAUCUAUCAUCAAUCUAUCAUAAAAUCUUGUGUGUGUGGCCGCAUCAGUCGGGGGAACUGUGAUAUGUUCCCAAGCCUUGCAGACUUUAUCAGUAAUGCAGGCACUUCCCACGAUUUCUCAUCUGUCUUUCAAGCAGCGUCAGAGCACCUGUCGGUAAUGAGAAAACAGUUUGCGGCAUACUUCACAGAGGAUUAUCGCUCUUUUGCGUGGGUUCGAGAUCCAUGUGUGUACUGCUGACGAACUUCCAGUUGACAUGCAGGAACAGCUUAUUGAGCUGAAGAGUGACAGUAGACUUAAGGCAGUCUUCACCUCAUGCCCUCUUUCGACAUUCUGGGCAGCAUUGAUGCAGGAGUACCCGCAACUGUGUGACGUAGCCUUGAAACUGCUCAUCCCAUUCGCAUCGACCUACUUGUGUGAGGCAGGAUUUUCAAAAAUGACUGCGCUCAAAACGAAAUAUCACAAUCGUGCGCAAAUUGAGGAUGACUUGAGACUGUGCUUGUCAAACAUUUCGCCAAGAAUCGAGGAUCUUUGUAAGGCAAAGCAGGCUCAGGUCUCGCAUUAACGUAAAUGCAGAUCACAAAGGCACAGUAAAAAGUAAAACCUAAAUUCACGCCUGGUCCCAAUUCCCAAUGAUAUCA